GUUGGGAAGGCACAAUAAUCUCUUGUUACCAAUAAGAUUCAGCUUGUAGAAAUGCUAGAGAUCAUCAACUCUGACUGCUUCACAGAUCACAGCAAGAUGUUUUUAGAUAAGCAUCAAUAGCUUUACGAUUUUGCAGUUAGCUGAUGGUGCGAUAACGAUAGCGCGCGUGCGCGAGUGGUCACUGUCAUAAUGGCACUCAGAAAGUCAACUGGUAUUGUUGGAUUGGCAGUCAUUCACAAUUCUCGAGAGGUUCUUAUCGGUAUUUAUCAAAAAACACUGAAGGCACUGACUCGACUUCCAUCAGACGCAGCUUAUCGUCGCCACACGGAAGAAACGACAAAGCAAAGACUGAAGAUUGCUGAACAAGAAGAGUCAGUAGAGCAAAUAGAAGCAAAGAUAAAUGCUGGACAGAUAGAACAAAUCAUCGAGCAGGCGGAAGUGGAGCUGAGUUUAGUAUCAAGAAUGAAAGAGUGGGCGCCAUGGGACCCACUAGUAGGAAAGGCUCCUCCCACUCAAUGGGAGUGGCCAUAGAAUAAUUUGUGUACACGAUUACGUCACUGUACAGUAGCUCGUAUGUUACAUUGAUGCCUGUAUUUUGCAUUAGUGUCCUGUAUUAUAUUCAAUGUAAAUAGUUGAGAACACCAACAA